AUGCAUUGCAAAGGGGGAUCCGGCGAUAUAUCUGAUGUUCGCCACUUGUACUCGAGCAGGCAGACUGAUAUUCCUGAGACAGGCGCCAAACCAGAGGCUGAUCGGAAAAACAUUGAACGGAACUUCCAGGCACUCCCCAUCGCUCAGUAUGCUGGCCGCUGGCUGUUUCUCAACACGACCUACUGGGACUUUGGUAGCUCUCAAGACCGGCCGCUGGAAGAACCCGAAAGCUUAACCCAGUUAUAUGGGGCAGAAAGACGGCCAUGCCCCUUUGUCCCAAGCCUGCAAGCUCCGCCGGGCCACCCACUGGCGUCAUUUUCGCAGACUGAACGCUAUCUGCUGGACUACUUUAUCGAGGGUAUCGGGCCCAAUUGCUCGCUGAGCCAGUUUUACAAUCCGUACCUGUCCCUGGUCACGCCGCUCGCUCUGUCGCAUGCACCUCUUCGCCAUACCCUGCUCGCUAUCGCGGCGAACCAGUUCUAUCGCCUCGGAAACGUUAAAUUCGAGAAAGAAGCCUACAUCUAUAAACAGCGCGCCCUUGCCGGCCUCCAAAAGGAGAUUAACGAGCGGAAACCUAGCUUUGGCGCCGUUGCAACGGUCCUGAUGCUCUGCUUUCAUGAUAUAUCGGACGGAUGCACGCCAUCAUGGAAAACGCACCUUCGCGGCGGUAUGCAGCUCCUGAACCUGCUUCCACUGAAAACGGCAGAAGGCCACAUGCUUAAGCAGUUCUUCGUCAUGUACUUCGUUGCGCAUGACAUUAUGGGACGAACAGCUAUGGAAGACAAUUCGGAAGCAGAGGCCUUCGAAAACACAUGGCUGGCAGAUGAUGAUUUAGAAGAGAUUGAUAUGCUUAUGGGCUGCUCUCGCGGGCUGAUGAGCCUAAUCAGCAAGAUCUCGAACCUUGCUACCGAGAAGUCUAAGAUGUCAAAGAGGCGACCUCUCUCGAUCUCAGAACACUCGUAUUUCAACAAUGCUCGUAACAAAUUAGAGCUAGAACUCCAAAAUGUUCAACAGACUCUCCCAUCGUACGCGAAGGACCGAGAUGACUUGCUGCGCGUCGCAGAAGUCAAGAGAUUGACUGCCCUUCUCUACCUGCGACAGCGCCUUGGGCCUCCACGCAAUUCAUCAAUCCUUAGCCCUUCAACCCCUAGCCCUGGGCCGCUCGUCAUGGUCGAGCCUUCUACCCUUGUCUGGAAAGAGAAAUUGGUCGCAGACAUCAUUGCGAUAAUAUCGACGCUACCUGACACAGCGACUCUCCUCUGGCCGCUAUUUGUUGCAGGCAGUGUCGACAUCGACAACGAGGAGCAUCGCCGAUUUAUACUUGAGAGGUUGCAGAACAUUCAAAAUUCCCGCAAUCUGGGCAAUAUUCGGCGAGCACGACUAGCUGUCGAAUCUGCAUAUCGAGCCAGGGAUCUUGAUCACCCUCGAGGAAACGACUGGGGACGUGAAGGGCGUGGAAUCAGCCUGGCAUGA